AGCAGCAAGGGACUGAAGCAUCGCCUGUCUGAGCUGAGGCAGGGCUCCAUGGAAUGGGGGAAUACUAGAGAGCAGCGCUGCCUGUCUGUCUGUCGACACUCUGUCUGGACUCUCACUCUGCAUUCAGGAUAGAUUGUGUGUUGAGUGGAUGAUAGGAAUAGAGGAUGCAGGUCUGAUAUCCACAGUAUGUCUGUUUGUGAUCAUAUGUGUAUAGGUUUGUGUGUGUUCACUACAUCCAAGCAGGUGAGUGUAAUGUGUUCCCAUGUACACUGUUGUGCAUGUGUGUAUAUUUGAAAUGUGUAAGAUGAAAUGUGUGUGUAUGCAAAUGUGAAAAUGAGUUUCUGUGUGUAUGCAGUAUGCGUCUGUAUUCAUGUAUAUGUGUACAUGUAAGGUAUCUAUACGGAUGUAUACAUGUCCCAUAACUUCCUCUGUUUGUGCACUGUGCCGUGAUUUUAUUGCUGUGUUUUCCUCGGCUCCAGCUGUGUUGUAGUCAUGGCUGCCUGAGGGACUACUCCCUGGGUGUGUGGAUCUGGAGCCCCCUCUGAUAUCAUGCUGAGAGCUGGGCCAGCGGCCAGCACUCUAAUCCUGCUGCUGUCAUACUGCUGCUGCCACCUGUGUCACUCUCUGGGACUCCCUAAACUGUCCUCCUAUGCCAAGACAGAGGACAAACUGUUCAAGAACCUCUUCAGAAACUACCAGAAAUGGGUGAGGCCUGUGGAAUACCUCAACGGCACAGUACGGGUCAGAUUUGGGCUGGCCAUCUCCCAGCUUGUGGACGUGGAUGAGAAGAACCAGUUGAUGACAACCAAUGUGUGGAUGAAACAGGAAUGGUUGGACAUGAAGCUACGCUGGAACACUGAUGACUACCUGGGCAUCACUACCAUCAGAGUCCCAUCGGACUCCAUCUGGAUCCCAGACAUUGUGCUCUAUGACAAUGCCGAUGGACGUUUUGAGGGCUCUGUCACCAAGGCUGUUGUCAAGUAUGAUGGCACCAUCACCUGGACACAGCCCGCUAACUACAAGUCAGCCUGCAUCAUCGAUGUCACCUUCUUCCCCUUUGACCUGCAGAACUGCUCCAUGAAGUUUGGCUCCUGGACCUAUGAUGGCUCACAGGUAGACAUCCUCCUGGAGGACUUCCAUGUGGAUAAGAGAGACUACUUUGACAGUGGUGAAUGGGAUAUAGUGAAAGCGACAGGCAGCCGUGGUCUGAGGAUGGACGGAUCUUGCCACUUCCCCUUCAUCACCUACUCCUUCAUCAUCCGUAGACUGCCACUCUUCUACACCCUCUUCCUUAUUAUCCCCUGUAUUGGCCUUUCCUUCCUCACCAUCCUGGUCUUCUACCUGCCCUCCAACGGCGGGGAGAAGAUCUCCCUGUGCACCUCUGUGCUGGUGUCCCUCACCGUCUUCCUUCUCGUGAUCGAGGAGAUAAUUCCGUCCUCCUCCAAGGUCAUCCCUCUGAUCGGGGAGUACCUGGUGUUCACCAUGAUCUUUGUCACGCUCUCCAUUGUCAUCACCGUCUUCGCCAUCAACAUCCACCACCGCUCCUCGCCCAUGCACCAAGGCAUGGCGCCCUGGGUGCGUCGUAUCUUCCUGCACAGGCUGCCUAAGCUGCUGUGCAUGCGCAGCCACGUGGACCGCUAUGCUACCCCCGGUGGGGCCAGGGCAGGACUGUCAGGGAGAGAGCGUGCAGGACUGGCAGGGAGAGAGAGGGCAGGACUGGCAGGAAGACAGGGGGCAGUAGGGGGCAUUAUGAAGUCCACCCCUCAUCUCUCCCCUACGAAUAACCUGCAGGCUGCUUUGGACUCUAUCCGUUACAUCACCAUGCAUGUGGUCAAGGAGAACGAGGUCAGAGAGGUGGUGCAGGAUUGGAAGUUUGUGGCUCAGGUUCUGGAUCGUGUGUUCCUGUGGACCUUCCUCCUGGUCUCAGUACUGGGCUCUGCUCUGCUCUUCAUCCCUGUCAUCUACAAAUGGGCAAAGAUCAUUGUCCCAAACCAUGCAGGUGGCAGCGGAUAAGACUAAACUGAGUCUAAGUGCACUGAGCACAACAAAUUCAGAGACACUACAGUCAGUGCAGAGGCAGAGCCACUUACAUGUGGGUGUGGGAGAGCAGUUAAAAUUGCAAUGGAUUCUAGUUCCAUCAUGAUUUUUGAUUUGUGUAUAUGAAUGAGGGAUUAUUGUCUCUAUGUUGCUGUAUCUGUUUAUAGAUUAAAUUAACAUACAAUUGUUUUAUAUUCUGGAA